UCGACGGUCAUCAUCUACUUGGACCCACAAGUGCUAGUCUAUUAGUUUUCACUCCAUAUUAAGAAACCCCCAACUCAACAAGACCUUGUCAACUUUUGAUUAAACACAAGUUUAAUAAUUAAAACAAGCUUAUCGCGUAACACAAGACAAGAAGUUGACGUGAUAUAUUAGUCAUUUCGAGUUCUCCAGUCCGUGAACCGUGUCACGGCGAAAGAAGGAGUUUAUCAGCGUCAAAACGGGAGUCUAUUUUUGUGGGUGACAACCAGCAUAGAAAAUUAGAAACCCAGCAAGACCGUAGCCGAGUUUUGUUCUGCUCCGUCACCAUGUGAUUUUCUGCGACCUCCAUCCUUCUCGCUGUCUAGCUCUGUAACUGUGUUGUUCCUGUUUUGAUUUUCUUUCUUUUCUUUAUUCUUGAAAGGACCAGAACUGAACCAGAAAACCCAUUAAAAAAGCUCAACAAGAAAGCAACAAUAUACUAAUUGUAUUGUUUUUAUUUUUUUUAUUAGGCGCAAAAACGAAACACCAACAAACCCAAGUCUCCAAUCAGUAUUCCUUAGUCUCCACUUCAUCUCCCAACCAAAAACGAAAGACCCUUCUCAACUGCUAGCAAAGAAACAAUCUUUUCAUGUUCCAAAAAUCUUCUCUUAAAUUGGAGAAAUGGUGGAGUUCAAGAAACCCACCAGGAAGAAUACGGGGUUCUUUGUAAAAAUGAAACUUGCACACAGGCAUGGAAGGCUGCAACCACAGCAGGAGAAAAGCAAUCCCUGUUUCAAAUAUUACAAAUGGCUUCUGUGGGUUUCUCUUUCUCUUUAUUUCUUCAGCUCUUACUUCAUCAGCUAUAAGCCUAUUCCUCUGUCCAAAACCCAAUAUUUCUCCAAAUCUACCGUGGUUUCUCGUGCCCUCUUUGAAUCUACCAACUCCACAUUCCUUCAACAGCCCGACAACCAUCAAGCUUUGUUGAAGGAUUUGAAGAUAUAUGUCUACGAAUUGCCAUCGAAAUACAACACGGACUGGCUAGCCAACGAGAGAUGCAGCAACCAUUUGUUUGCUUCGGAGGUAGCUAUUCACAGAGCAAUAUCAAACAGCGAUGAUGUACGGACGUUUGACCCUUACGAAGCUGAUUUUUUCUUUGUCCCUGUCUACGUAUCCUGCAAUUUCAGCACCGUUAAUGGGUUCCCUGCAAUCGGUCACGCCAGGUCUCUCCUGUCCUCCGCCGUUCAGCUUAUUUCCGCUAGCUUCCCCUUCUGGAACAGUUCCCAGGGAGCUGACCAUGUCUUUGUUGCCUCUCACGAUUUUGGCUCUUGCUUCCACACUCUGGAGGAGAGAGCUAUGGAGGAUGGGGUACCAGAGUUUUUGAAGAAGUCAAUCAUAUUACAGACUUUUGGCGUCAAAUAUGACCACCCAUGUCAAGACGUGGAGAACUUGGUGAUACCACCUUAUGUUUCUCCGGAAAUUGUGCGCUCAACCCCUCAAAAAGCUCCGUUGACCGGCCGGCGAGACAUUUGGGUGUUCUUUAGAGGCAAGAUGGAAGUUCAUCCUAAGAACGUUAGUGGUCGCUUUUACAGCAGGAAGGUAAGGACGGAGAUAUGGAGGAGGUUCAACGGCGACCGGAGGUUCUACUUGCAGAGGCAUAGAUUUGCCGGUUACCAGUCGGAGAUAGCAAGGUCGGUGUUUUGUUUGUGUCCAUUGGGGUGGGCCCCAUGGAGUCCUAGACUGGUCGAAUCAGUCGCGUUGGGAUGCGUGCCGGUGAUUAUUGCCGAUGGGAUACGGUUGCCAUUCCCCACCACCGUUCCGUGGCCGGAGAUAUCCCUCACGGUUGCGGAAAAGGACGUAGCAAAACUAGGAAGGAUCUUGGAACGCGUGGCAGCCACUAAUUUGUCAACGAUCCAGAAAAACCUGUGGGACCCAGCAGUUAAGCGGGCCUUACUUUUCAACAAUCAAAUACAAGAAGGGGACGCGACGUGGCACGUGCUUUAUGCCCUGGCACAGAAGCUGGAUCGAUCGCAUAGGACUGUGAUGGUUUUGAACAAAUGAGAGGAUGGCACGUGGAUGGUUCUGAUUUGUGGACCACAGAACAGAGAUUAGUGCCGGGCUGCCAGCUAAUACAUCUAUGCUUUUGCCAACGUGGAGUUGCAUGUAAUCAAACAUUAUGGAGUACAGCUGGAUUUUCCGACUGCAUGUAACUGUAGAUGUGGUGGGUUCUACCGUGGCAGAGGUUAAAGUUUUUUUUGGUCACGUGACUUGGUCGCUGAGUUGGCUGACAACGAUUGGUUAAAAAAUGGUAAAUAUAUAUAAAAAAAAAGUUCAUCACUGCAA